GACGGCGCCAGCGCCAGCGCUGCGGCUGCUGGCGGCGAUGCAGGCCUCCCAGGGCCAGGGCGCGCCGCCCCGCCCACGCACGUGCACGACGUCCACCCGCCGCCCCCGUCCGACCGCCUCACGUUCGAGAAGCACGACUUAGAUCAAGCAGCGGCGCAGAUGAUCGGUCGAUUCACUCCAGAUGACUUGGCCAAGCUGAAGAAGACCUUGACCCAGCAGCCGAACAUCAGCGUUGGGACAAUCUGCAGCGGCACCGACCUUUGCAAGUACGCCAUCGACGCGAUCCUCAGCGCGGCCUCGGAGUCCGCGAGUCUCUGCCUGGAGCAGCGGGCCACGGCCACCAGCCGCUUCGCUUGCGAGAAGAAGAAGGUCGCCCAGGCGUUCCUCCAGGUCAUGCACGAUCCGACCACCAUGUGUCUGUUCGCUGACGCGGGUGACCUCAGGCACGGGAAGGCGUUCGACAUCAUAUCCAGCCAGCAGAAGCCAGUCCCGGGCGUCAGUUGGGUGCUGAUUGGGUUCUGCUGCCAGAGCGUCAGCCUGUGCAACAUCAACAGCGCCGACGCGUGCGUCACCAUCCGCAAGGGCGACAAGAAGACGGGGCAGACCUUCAAGGACUCCCUCGCCUAUAUCGCGAGGUUCAGGCCAGCGCUGCUCACCUUGGAGAACGUGACCGCCAUCGACAACAAGAGCGACGACGGCACCGACAACAACCUGGACGAGAUCGUCAUCGCGCUGCACAACUUGGGCUACGCGGUGCUGACGCUGCGGCUCGACGCCAGGGACCACGGGGUGCCCCAGCGUCGCAACAGGCAGUGGAUCCUCGGCUUCCUGAUGAAGUUGACCCCCCUCACCAAGCAGGAUCAGACUGACGCUGGCCCGAUGCUGACGAACUGCAAACGCAUCAUCUACUCGGUCAUGGCGAACCCGAUGGAUAUCGACAAGUUCCUGCUGGAGGAGGGCAGCGCUGAACUCGCGUUGUUCCAGGGGCGUCGCGCGGACAUCUCGAUCUCAGAGAGGGCGCCCGCUCAAGGCAAGGCGAAGGCGCCGAGUUGGCCAGAGAAGCACCGCGAGGCCUUCCGCACGCGGAACCUCACGUACCCGCCAGUGAUCGAUUGCCUCUACGGGGAGCGGACGGUCAAGAACCUCGGGUUCAUGCCCAAACGUUCCCAGGAGUGCGUGGUUUUCAUGGACCUGACUCUGGGGCCCAUCAGGGAGGGGGAGCCCGAGGAGAUCAUUGACGUGAACCAGAGCAUCAGCCGCAUCCCAAGGUGCACUGGCUCCUGCCCUUGCAUCACGCCGAACGCCCUCCUGUGGCUCCGCAAGCGCCAGCGCUUGCUCGAAGGGCCCGAGAUCUUCGCGCUGCAGGGCAUGCCGUGGUUCAGCAACACCAUGCUUGCCAGCACCUUCCCCAGGCCGGGCGUCUACACGAACUUGGGUGGCAACGCGUACAACGCCUACAACGUCAUGGCGAUCGGCAUCGGGAUGCUGACUGUCUACGAGCGGGCCUUGUUCUGA